AUGAGAAGGCUAUCUCCACAGGAAAUAAAAGACAAUUCUAUUAAGAGCAAUUACAUUCCUCACCAUGGUAUAUGGCAGCGAAACGAUGACAGCAAAAAACUUAGAGUCGUCUUCAAUGCAUCUCGCCCGACAUCAUCAGGUCACAGUCUCAACGACGCCCUCUACGCUGGACCAAAACUGCAGAGUGAUAUAGCCACCGUCGUUACCCAUUGGAGGCAGUACAAAGUCGCGUACUGCGCUGACAUCAAGAUGAUGUUCAGACAAAUCCGAAUCAGACCAGAGGACACUCAUCUCCAAAGAAUCAUCUGGAGUCCAGAUCCCGAUCAACCCGAAGAACACUUCGCUCUACUUACCGUUACUUUCGGAGAAGCAUGUUCUCCGUAUCUCGCAUUACGAACACUCAAACAACUUUGCGAAGAUGAGGGGGGUCCAUAUCCCGAGGCAGUGAAAUCCAUUCAAGAUGAUCUCUACGUGGACGAUUUCUUAAGCGGGGGAAGAAACUUAAAGGACGCAAGGCAGCGCAGAGAUCAACUCAUACAGCUCUUGAAAAGAGGAGGAUUUGAACUGAAGAAAUGGGUCUCCAACCGUCCUGAACUCUUAGAGGACAUACCACCUUCUGACAGACUGCGACCAAGCUGGCGACACUUCGAGGUCGGAGGCCUUGUCACUGAGUUAGGACUCGCAUGGGACCCAGUCGCUGACAAAAUUAGAUUCUCACCACCCAAACUCGGUCAAGACGAAGUCAUCACCAAACGAAAGGCUCUAUCUGAACUAGCAAAACUGUUCGAUCCCAUUGGCUGGCUCGCACCUUUAAUCGUAGUCGGCAAAAUGCACAUACAAGAUCUCUGGAGGGCCAAACUGCCAUGGGACGAACAACUUCCAAAGUCGAUGAACUCACGAUGGAUGAAGUUCCGGGAAGACGUCAGCAAACUUGAUAUCCUUUCCGUACCGAGAUGGAUCAACUUUGCGCCUGGCUGUCCAAUGCAACUUCACGUCUUCGCGGAUGCCAGCCGACGUGCGAUGGCAGCGACAGUGUAUUCUUGCACUAAGAACUCUGCUCACCUAUUAGCAGCCAAAACCAAGCUGUCACCGAUCAAAAGCCUGAUCCCCACGACCAAACCCAACGCGAGAAUGACGAUUCCACGAUUAGAACUCCGAGCGGCUCUUCUAGGAGCAAAAUUAAUCCAACUACAAGCCGAAGCACUUGGCGUUAAGUUGCACGACUGUUUCGCAUGGAGUGACUCGCAAGUGGAACUGCUACCAGGCGUCAAAUGGCGAUACGUACCGUCAGAAACCAAUCCAGCAGAUCUUGCCACGAGAGGUACCGACAUCGAAGGUCUAGCUAGCAAUCGACUCUGGUGGCAGGGUCCCUCCUGGCUCCAACAAAACCAAGAAGAGUGGCCUCAAGAAAUCUCGACUAGCUCUGCUAACGUCCCAAACAACGAAACCCUGCCCUCUCUCCAUUGCCUCGCAACUCAAGCGACCGAGACAAUAUUCGACCGAUUCUCCUCCCUUAUAAAACUUCAGAGAGCCUUAGUUCGAUGCCGAAGAAUAUUCCAAUCCCCAAAUACCCAGGUCGACCAGAUCCCUCCGCUCGCACCUACAACUACUGAGGAAAUGAAACGGGAAUUUCUUACAUGUGUUAAGAUGUCACAAGAACAAGACUUUUCGCACGAGAUUCAACUCUUGGGACAAGGUAAAUUUGUUUCGGUUGGGAGUGCCAUAGCUCGAUUAAAGCCGUUUCUAGAUGAACAGACCAUCCUAAGGGUCGGUGGAAGACUUGAAAAUUCAUCCCUUAACGAUGAGGAAAAACACCCCCCCCCCUUCUAUCCAGCCACAGUCAUCUAG